CGCAGGGAGCGGGCUGGCGGCGGGGCGGCCGCGCACCGGGGCCAUGCCGCGCUCCUUCCUGGUGGACUCGCUGGUGCUGCGCGAGGCGGGCGAGAAGAAGACGCCCGAGGGCAGCCCGCCGCCGCUCUUUCCCUACGCCGUGCCUCCGCCGCACGCACUGCACGGCCUCUCUCCCGGCGCCUGCCACGCGCGCAAGGCCGGGCUGCUGUGCGUGUGCCCGCUCUGCGUCACCGCCUCGCAGCUGCACGGGCCGCCCGGACCGCCCGCGCUGCCUCUGCUCAAGGCGUCCUUCCCGCCCUUCGGCUCGCAGUACUGCCACGCGCCCCUGGGCCGCCAGCACUCGGCCGUGUCGCCCGGGGUCGCUCACGGCCCCGCCGCCGCCGCUGCCGCCGCCGCGCUCUACCAGACCUCUUAUCCGCUGCCCGACCCCAGGCAGUUCCACUGCAUCUCUGUGGACAGCAGCUCGAACCAGCUGCCCAGCAGCAAGAGGAUGCGCACCGCGUUCACCAGCACGCAGCUGCUAGAGCUGGAGCGCGAGUUCGCCUCUAACAUGUACCUGUCCCGCCUGCGCCGCAUCGAGAUCGCGACCUACCUGAAUCUGUCUGAGAAGCAAGUGAAGAUCUGGUUCCAGAACCGCCGGGUGAAGCACAAGAAGGAGGGUAAAGGCAGCAACCACCGCGGCGGCAGCGGGAGCGCGGGUGCCGGCGCGGGCGCACCGCAAGGCUGCAAGUGCGCGUCGCUCUCCUCAGCCAAGUGCUCCGAGGAUGACGACGAAUUGCCCAUGUCUCCGUCCUCUUCGGGGAAGGACGACCGGGAUCUCACGGUCACUCCCUAGGCGCAUGCCUCCCCAGGUCGCCCACCCCAGGCCUUCCCUGCCCCUCAAAGACUGGUCCUGGGGUGCAGCAUUGGUUCCCAGGCACCCGCUGCCAAACGGCGGCCACGCACG